AUGAGUGAAAAGCAGUACGCUCGAAAAGCCCUAGAAGAGGUGAUCCGAUUGGCUGACGAAAAGAUUGUGGCCACCGAAGAAAUUGUAUUAAAAAAAGAGGAUGACUUUAAUGAAUUCGCUCAUUCGUGCGAUGACACUGUCAAAGAUCUUGACCAGUAUUUUCUUUCCAUCAUGCGUCAGUUGGAGAAGUGGAAGCACGUUUUUAUUCAGGAAUUACAAGCAAGUACUUCGGCUGCUGCUUCCGAAUUUCAAAAUCGCAAUGCUCAAAUUGGUGAAUUAAUAGGUCGGUUGAGAGAACUACGUGAAACCUCCGCACAUAUUCUUGCAACUGAACAAUUCAAAAACACAGAUCUCGUUUUUGACGUUCAUGGAUGCAUAUUCAGCAUAAAUCAAGCAAUAGAAAAUAUGACUGAAUUUUUGGCUGAAUGCGUACCGCUCAAGUUUGUCGGAAAGCUUAACUUCGAUUCCGUUCAAAAAUCGGAUGUUGGCUCGAUGGAGCGCUUGGCUGACAAUAACUACGCAGAAAUCUUGCCAAGCAAACUUCCCAAAAUUAAGUUAGGUCAAUUAUUUAAUCUCGACUUCCGAAUUUCUAAAAAGUACUGUGAAGCUGCCAAGCGCUUUAUUACAUAUUCGGUUUCUAAAGAGGAUGGACAGUACCAGAAAGUCUGCGCUUACUUGCAUGAUAAUAAGGAUGGCUCCUACGCUCUAAGCUUUCCAAUCACUGCCAUCAUCCCGCAUACUGUGCACAUCUACUACUUGGGGGAGCAUAUACGCAACAGUCCAUACACAAUCGUCUUUAAGGUGGGACAGAACCAGGGUGGAAAUGCAGUUGGAGUUGGUGGCCAGACUUCCGUAACAGGUUUCGUCGGCUCAUCAAAGGAUAUAAUGGGAGAUGGAGCAAACAACUCCACCAGACCUGUGGGCAAGACAGGUGAUGACUACCGUAGAAAUAAGUGGAGUACCAGUUCAACGGACAGCUCUCAAAAUAACAACAAUUGGAACCAGGUCAUGGGGGCAAAUAUUUCUCCUGAAUCUAACCAAUCUUCUGAAUCGGGGGCAUAG